AUGAUUUGCAAGAAUAAAGAUCCUCAAACCUGCACCAUAAAUGGUACUACUUAUAGCAUCUGCAAGGACAGAGAUAAAAUGCAAUGCUAUGAUCUCACCGGUCCUACGCACAGAUACAACAUUAAAAUCCUUGCUGGAGAAGGACAAAAUAAAAAGAUUAUGGUUUAUAAGGACUUUUACAAUCCCAACAAUGCUCAAUCCAUAAUAUUUGAUGCCUGUGAAGCAAUGGACCUAGGUACAUCAAAAUGUGGAAGCCUCAACUGGCGCAGAACAUAUUCCCAGAACGAAAAAUACAUCUGUGCGUGCAUCUCGAACCGACAGGAUCCUUGUGGCAGAGGCACGUAUUGCGGAGAAUGGAAGUGUGUGGACUUUCAGUCACAAGGGACUACGGUGCGUACUGACACCAUAGCGAAAAAUGACAAAUUUAAAAAACUAUACAUCACACGAGGGACACCUCCCUCCCUCUGUUAUCAACAUACCUGUAACCCCGUAAACCUGACUUUUCCCAUGCCAAAUAAUUGGCUACAAUCCCAAACUUGGAAAGGUUACAACGAUGACUAUGGACUGGGUAUCAAUGGUAAAGGAAGUGACCCUUCUGUUAAAAUCAAGAUUCUUGUUACAAAAAUCUCACUCAACCCCACCACACACUCCCUUUUUCAUUCAUCCUACGAGGAGUUUCAAAAGCUAAAAGAAUUACCAGUUCCAGCAGCGGCAAAAAACACAUUCCUCACUCUUGCCGAAACAAUAGCAAAGACUUUGCAAAUAAAAAAUUGCUUUGUAUGUGGGGGGACAAUGAUGCGCGAGCAAUGGCCAUGGCAGGCACAAGAAGUAGAACACAGUCAUAUCGCGAGUUCCUGGUCAAACUUCUCAAAACCUGCUGACAGAAAUGAGACAUGGGCGCUUACCACCAAUCUCAUCGGAAAGAUCUGUUAUCAAAGAUCCAACACUUCUUCCCGAACUUUCAAUGCCGGCUCUUUGCUUUGUCUAGGCACCUGGGAAAACAACACCUGGUGGUCUGGAUCCAACACCUCUGCUCCCCCUUGUCCGCUCCAAGACUAUUUGAUCUUUUUAAAUGACACUGAAAAUGACACCAUCAGCUGGGUGGCCCCCUCUGGACUUUACUGGAUCUGUGGACGCUUUGCCUACAGCAUUCUGCCAGCAGCCUGGUUUGGUUCUUGUGUAUUAGGCACCAUCAGAUCUGGCUUCUUCUUGCUUCCACUACAACAACGCCAAUAUUUGGGACACCCUGUCUAUGAAGAAAUAGGGCAUAUCCAGCGCAAACGGCGAGAAAUACCCAGCUUCAACACAAAAGAUAUCCAUAAAGGAAAUUGGAAAGACAACGAAUGGCCCCCACAAUGCAUAAUUUCAUAUUAUGGUCCAGCGACGUGGACAGAAGAUGACACGUGGGGAUAUCAGGCUCCUAUUUAUAUGCUCAAUCAUAUUAUCCGUCUGCAAGCAGUUGUUGAACUUAUUACUGAUGAAACAUUGAUCACUAUGAAAAAAUUAGCUGCAGAAAGUGUCAAAUCAUGA